AUAUCCGUUUCAAAUUUUUUCAUUGUCAACGUUCAUUGUUCAUACAUAUAAUUCGUAUACAUAAAAAAAUAUUUAUGAAGCGAGUGCAUGUGGAUAAUUACACUCCCAAGUACUACAGCGGUAAGUGGUCUUGGGAUGCAAAUAAAGACAGGCUCCAUUUUGAACCUCAUAGUGAUCUUGAGGAUGCACGUGAGCGCUACAUAAUUACCAAUGGCUAUAAGUUUCUACGAACCAUAAACCAGGAAGAAGAGCUGAUCUUUCGACAGGCGUAUGUAAGAGACGACAGCACCUAUGACUGCGACACAGUAGUUAUCAAUGACAUUCGUGACCUGGUUCUUUUCCUUAUGCCUAGUGAAUUUCUUACCCACCGGUUUGUGGAGUUCAUGCACCGUCCAGCAGUUCACAGAUUGAUACAUGCUCUAAUAAUAUAUUUUGAAUACUUUCUUCGCCUUGUGGAGUUUGUCCUUAUUCGAAGGGACGAAUUAGCUGGACAAAUUCAGAGUCAGCAGACCAUUGAAAUGAAAAAGACAUUUUCGAUAUAUUUAAGCCAGUACAGAAUUUUGGUCGCUCGCAACUAUAGUGUUAUUUUAAAGGGAGAAGGAGAUAUGGCCGAAUAUUAUCACUUAAAAGAAAUUGUAAACAUUUCAGAUACAGAUAGGGACAAAAUUUUCCAUGAACAAUUUCUGGCUGUAACUACCCAAAUGGUUUGGAUAUGUAUGCAUCGCCGGGCCUACAAUGUUAUUGAAAUGGAAAUGAAUCGGCUUUUUCGUUCUGAUCACUUUAUUAUGACAAGACCAGAAUACUUGCGAUUUACUCGGGCAGAAAGAAGUUUACUUUAUGGCGGUAAUAACAAGAUUGUUAACUACCGUACUCAGGUGUCUCCACUUAUUCAAGAACUAGAGCAUGUACCCGAUGCGGAUAUGCCUAUAUUGUGGAUAGGGGAAAGAAAAUACCGUGGAACUGAUCUAAGAAUAGCCGAAAUGGAACUUGAGUAUAUUGUACCCGGUCCUCAGCUACGUAUGAUUGAUAUAGCUCAUGGUAUAUUAGGGCACCCAAAGCGACUUUACAACACCAUUCUUGACUUGGACUGGCCAACCGUUCGCUAUUCCAACUUUUCCAUUCAAUAUGAUCCUUAUCACAUAGUCAGGCAGCCUCAUUUAGAUAUCCCAAAAAUCGAUGCUGGUAAGAUGAGGAAAAUGAACGAGCACUAUGAGCACUUUUACAAGGUAUAUCGAAUCUAUGAGCCCCACAGCAUACAGAUCCUAAAAAAGUGGCUAAAGAGGGACAAACUUAUUCAGUUUUAUCGCUCUGGAGGACUACUCCUUACUAAUAUUUUUUCACGGUGUGAGACAGAGCUCUCUAAUUCAACGUCAAGUCCCAAGAUUGACCAAAUCAUCUCCAGCUACUUCAAAGUCAAAUCACGUCUGCGAAAAGGGUCGCCAUAUGCAGAGGACAACGUCAGCAUUACGACUUCAAGAAUAGGGGGCGUCUCUUCACCACGCCAAAAAAGGAAUCCCACGGACUACUUCUUCGAUUAAUAAGUUAUAAAUUAUAGUUGAAUUUACAAUAAGAAUAACGAAUAAGCGCGAAUAAAGCACGUAUUUGG